GAAACUUGCUACCAGAGGGUCCACGGUCGCUGUAACCCGCAAGAAGUUCGCCAAAUUAUCGUCGCUCGGAAACUUUGGCUCUUCUCAGCUCGAUGUCUCCUCGCCAUCUGGGUCUGGCCAUGUGCGACGACCGUCAGCUCCCCUGGGCGCCAUGAUGAACAAACAACAAGUGGAGCAACGAGGCAAAGAGCUGUUGCAUUCAGCCGGCGUCCUGGGUGGCCGGGCAGGCGAGGCUGCCAAGGGUCUGUUCGCUAGAGGCCGGAGCAAACUGAAGGGAGGUCAUUCUGACAAGGUAGAUUCAUAAUCUCUUUUGUGAUUGGGGGUGCUUGACAGCGAGUGGAAACUUCUUCUUUAUGUGUGACUAUGCUUAUUGAUACCAUGCCGUAAUUGAACAUAUUUCGAUGCUUGAGAAUGUGACACAAGGGUUUCAAGCGUUCCGGGGCUAUCGCAAGCCUCUCCCACUCACCGAACUUCAGAAUGCAUCUGCCAUAGACCUGACCGACAAUGGGAGCACAAAUUACAAGCGACAUACGGUCCAUUUCGGAAGCCUGCCGCUUCCUCGGACGCACUCCGGCUUCAUCCAGCGCAAGUGGCAGGUGAAGCGGAAGGCAACCCCUACUGAGGCUGCGAGUAGAGCACAUCUGGCGGAACUAGGUGACACAACUCUCGAUGUCCGAAUUAAUGGCGAUGGUCUCGGGCCAAAACAGCAGGAGCCUUUCGUGCAGUCGAGUGGUGCUAUCACUGUGGUUGGUGAAAUGGGAACAUUCGAGGCCGAUGAUAAAGUGCAUCCCAGUAACCGCUCAGCACAACUGACAAAUACCCAUUUAUUGCCUGAUUCCACCGGGGCGAGCCGGAUCCAAUUCACAAUCAAUGGUACGCCAAUGACUACCCCUGCAGACGGACCUGACCAUGGGUGCACUGCUUCCGGAGAACAAAGAGAGGCGGGGAUCAGUAUUGAAGGUAGGCCGGCGAACCAAUCCAGCGACUCGAUAAAAGCCACAAGAGACGAGGCGCUUCUGUCUUGGACAGUGGGCAACCCUCCUGCACGCUUUGUUGAACACCGGCGUGAAGCAAGUCAGUUGUCGGUCUCGUCAUUGGGCACGGCUGACGAUGGUGGCCCCAACCUGGCGCUUAACACACACGCAGCCUCCUCUAGUCUUUCCCUUCCUUCAUCCCUGGGCGGCGGCAUGGAUACGGCUGCGACCGGCGAUGCUCGGUCUAUGACACCGAGUCGACUGCCCCACGGUCGUCAUCUUCCUCAUCAGCACACUCAGGUCAGCAGUAUCUCGUCCUGUCCUCCAAGUCGGACGGCCACACCAGUGCCCGCCGCUCCUCCAAGUGCUGAGCGCAAUGACCGGGCUUCGGCAUCGCAUCCAACCCCGCAAGCGAGACUCGCGGCAAUGAAGAUGAAAUACGGAGAGAAGAUCCGUGACAUCCGGCGGAUUUCCAUCAGCGCGAAGGAACCAGAGCAGAAACCGACUCCACCCUACAAGAAUGCGUUUGGCAGACUGACGGGACUGUUACGUCCUCGUCGCGGCAACAAACCAAAAAUUAGCAGUGUCGCGGACACCGACUGCAGACCUGCCACAUCAGCAUCGAUACGCUCCCCCAAAGUCGUCGUUCCCAUUAACCAUAUUGACCCGGCCCUGUCUAAACCCGGCCAUGCUCGCUUCUACUCCGUCGACAACAACAGCAGUCUCAGUGACCGGCAUCACCUCGAGAAUGUGGCCCCAGAUCAAUUACGCUCUACUUCGCUCACUCCGGACCCUUUCCACCGGGCGCACAUCAUUCCUCCCAAUGCUUCUGAUCCGGUCAUGCCCACCAGGACAGCCAGUCAAACCAGCAGCCGCAGCCCAUCUCGAGGCCGCGACCCCGAGCGCGGCUACACGCGCAACCUCCACAUGCGAUCCCGCAGUCCCAAGCCCUAUGCGCCCGGCCCAGAAGGAGAGACAGCCUCAAUAACCGAUAUCACUGACCCUGCCCACAAUCUGGGAAUAUUUCGCACCCGGCCGCGAACCAGCCGAUCCGGCGACCAGGAGCUCCCUUGGAAGCUGAGCAUCCCCGGUGGAGACGAUGAGCCAGAAGAGAUUCAUAAGAACGAUCGAAAAGCGCAUCAUCGUGAAUCCUCGGAGCUGUGGUCCGCACGGAUCACGGGAGAAGUGCUGAGCUGCAUCGGCAAUAGCAGCAUCCUGCAGCCGCCACCGCCACCGCAACCGUCCGAACCCGAACCUCCGAAGAACAACACGCAGAAGCAACCCCCAGCAAGAGUUGGAAAUGCUCCUCUCCUCAACCCCCAUCCGAGCCCAGGCCGAACCCUCCACCGCCGAGCAGGGUCCAACGUCGUCGCGUCAGACGCUAUGAUUCCGCCUCCGCCUCCGCCGCCACCCCAGUUCAAGCUUCCGGCGCAGCCCCUUACGCUCCUCGCGGGAAACCCGGAUGAAUCAAAGAAUAAAGCAGCAGAGCAGCAGCGGCCCAGCACAUCCCAAGCGCCCGCCCAGGACACCAAAAGAAACAAUGACGAACCAGACAACCCCCCGCCCCCGCAAACCGCUCAUCCCCACCGCCCCGAACCACCACGCGCCAUCGUCAACACACCGAUCGAGCUCCCUGUACCCGCCCGCGACGGCGCUGACGAUUCAACCGGUGAUUCCCACGAGGACGAUGAGAGCGAGAUCGUGAUGUCUAGCACAGCGUAUCCGGGACAGGAGUGGAAGCCCGUUGGGUUCAUGGGGGUAGGGAUGGGAUACGAUUGAGGGUUUGAAGAGCAAUGAAUAAUGGAGAAAAAGCCUUUUUUUUUCCGCAUUCUAGGGGCAUAAUAAUGAUAGCGUGAUUCUGCGGGUUUUGAAUAGAGGAUAGGGAUAUAAUUCGUUAUUUAUGGGGUUGAAAGAGUAUUUCUUGGUUUAAGGGUUUUGAUAUAGGGGGCUUACUGGGGGUGCAUACUCGUACUGAUUAUGGAUUAUAUUGGUAUUUUUGGUGUUCUAUGCUUGUGCUUAUGUAGAUGGGGUUUUCUAAGUUAAGUAGCUGCUAGCGAGAUAGCCGCUGGUCAGAUGACUGGAUUUGAGUAUACUCCCAUCUACCCAUCUUCUGUCCAUCAACAGGUAUAUCGAAGCUUGGCAGUCUUUUGAGAAUUGGACCAAAUGCACCUAGCUUC